AUGUUCGCCCGAAUAUCGCGUCUCUUCCGCGCAGAAGAGCUCAAGAACAGCGGUUCGCUGGCUCGCGACCUUCUAGCCUCCGAACGAACAUUCCUCGCUUGGGCGCGUACCGGACUUGGCUUCAUCGCGCUCGGAGUAGCAUUGGAGAAGGUCGAAGCCUUCGCGGCCAUAUCGCCAACACUGCUGCAUCUGGAGAACAGCCGGACGAAACUCGCGGCGGGUGUCUUGGUUGCCAGCGGCAGCUUAUGCGUUGCUCACGGUACUCAGCGGUACUUCAGCACCAUGAAUGCCUUGCAGCGAGGAGUAUUCAGGCCAAAUGCGGCAGGCAUUACAGUGUAUGCUGCGGCUUGCGUUGGGAUUGCAUUUGCUGGUACUCUAUUGGUUCUGGAGAAUGAUGGUGGGAGACGUGAGGAGGACCGCCAGGACCAGACUACUCCGACUAAGAGCCCUUGA